AUGACUUCAGAAAAGCCCAGCUCUCAAUGGAGCCAACCCGCGCCAAGAGACAGUAACCGGCCCUCCAGCUCUUUCUUUACCAAAGGGAAGGCUCUCAUUGCUGUUGGAGCCAUCCUCGCCCUUGGAUUUUUCACUAAUACACACACGAAAUGCAUGCCCGCCGCCUGGAGAGGCCCAUCUCUCGAGAACCUCAGUGUUGAAGAACGGGCAUCCAAGAUUCUCCGAGAGACGCCGCUAAUUGAUGGCCAUAUCGAUCUCCCCAUCUACAUCAGGUAUCUCUUCAACAACCACAUCAGUGAGGGCAAAUUCCCCAAGUUGUUCGAAGAUGGCGGGCUUCCUAUGCACUUGGACCUGCCUAGACUCAGAUCCGGACAGAGCGGCGGCGCCUUUUGGAGCGUCUUUAUCGAAUGUCCCAAGGAUGGACAGGACAUCUCUACAGAGAACCAGGCAGAGAGCGUCGUGAAGACCCUCCAACAGAUCGACGUCAUGACAAGGCUCAAGGAGGCCUACCCAGAUGUCUUCUCCCCCAUGGUCAACAGCAGCGAUGCACUGGCGGCAUUCAAGAAGGGGCUGCUCAUCUCCCCUCUCGGCAUCGAGGGACUUCAUCAAAUUGGCAACUCGGCUGCCAAUCUCAGGCGGUUCUACGACCUAGGCGUCCGCUACUGCACGCUGUCGCACAACUGCCCCAACAAGUACGUCGACGCCGCCCUGUGGGAGAACCCCUUCCGCAAGGCGCCCUCCAAAUGGGGCGGGGUGAGCGAGGACGGCAGGGAGCUGCUCAACGAGAUGAACCGGCUCGGCAUGAUCAUCGACCUGUCGCACACCAGCGUCGAGACGCAGAUCGACGUGCUCGGCGGCGGCGGCAAGGACUGGGCCGGCAGCAAGGCCCCCGUCAUCUACAGCCACAGCAGCGCCUAUGCCUUGUGCCCGCACCCGCGCAACGUGCCAGACGACGUCUUGCAGCUGGUCAAGAAGAGGAACUCGCUCGUCAUGGUCAACUUUGCGCCCGACUUCAUCUCCUGCACCGAGUCCGACAACGAGAACGGCCUGCCGGACUUCGAUCCUGAACAUUCUACCCUUGCCCAGAUAGCCAAGCACAUCAUGCACAUUGGCGACUUGAUUGGCUACGAUCAUGUUGGCAUCGGAAGCGACUUUGAUGGCAUUCAGACCGUCCCGAGAGGCAUGGAGGAUGUCUCCAAAUACCCAGACCUCGUUGCCGAGCUCUUGAGGAAUGGCGUCAGCGAUGCGGAUGCUGCCAAGGUUGUGGGAGGCAACAUCCUCCGGGUCUGGCAGGAGAUUGACAAGGUCGCACUCGAGAUGCAGGCGGCCGGAGAACCGAUCCUUGAAGACGAUCUACCCGAUCUUUUGUUUCAAGAAGGCGAUGCUUUUGGAGUCUUGAAGACCGGCGUUCAGUAA